AAUUUAUGACUAGGACUCGUGGCCUUUAAGACUGACAGAGUGCAUAAUUAAUUAAUGGCCAGAAGCAAAGCAACCAAGCAUCUAUGAUAAGGUCAAGUGCAAGUAUUUUUCCCAACAAAGGGGAAACUAAUCCCAUCUCUAUUUAUGAUCGUGUUUGACAUCCAAGCUUCCAUCACUAAGCCUUACGUAUAUACUUCGUCAAUAUUCAAUUCUUUGUUGGGGAAUCACAGUCAAAUCAUUGUCAGCCAGGAACUGAAUAUAAUAAAUAUUCCUCAAAAUGUUAAACUGGACAACGCUUUGCAAGCACAUUGAUGAGGCCGACAAAAUCCAAAAAAUGUCGACUGCUAUUAUUGAGAAUGAUCUGAAAGAAGCGGUGCAGCCCAUGUUUCCGAACUUUUCCAUCACUCUGCAUCCAUUUGGCUCACGCUUUUUGGGUACUGCUCGAUCGAAUUCAGAUUUGGAUAUUUAUAUUAAAUGCUAUGCCGAAUUUAUCGAGCUCAAUACCAAGUCCGUAAUGGUUUCUAAGACUCUCUCAAACAUUUCCAUGGGCAUUCGCAAUUCUUCGAAAUGGCUUUUUUUAAAUCAAUUUUUAUGCGGUUGUCCCAUUGUUGUCGCCAGGCAUAUAUCUACUGGAAUUCAAGUUGAUAUAAGUUUUAUUAAUGAAAUGUCCUACAAACAGAAUGUGCUGCUUAAAUACAUGUUUGAAAUACAACCAAUUGCUCGUUAUAUGGCUAUAUAUUUGCACCAAUGGAUCAAAAUAACAAACAUUAGCAACACAAGUCAAAAUUUUCCUGGUUAUUUGUUAAAUCUUUUGGUAAUUUUCUUUCUGCAAAGCAGUGGAAAUCUACCCAGCGUUCGGAAACUGCAGGAAAAUCUAAUCCCGAAUACUGGUCCUUGGAUUAGCGAUUUCAAUUUUUACAAAUUGUCAAAGUUUUCAAUGCAGAAAAUCGAGCUAACUGCCAAAACAUUGAAGGAAUGUUUAAAAUCCUUUUUUACAUUUUAUUCUGAUUUUGACUUUGGAAAUUAUGUCAUUUCUCCUUAUUUGGGAAUGCAAAUAAGGCAAUCUGAAUUUAUUAACCAUAUGCCGUUAGCAUUUCGCCUAAGACGCAACAAAAAGUAUUGGGAAGUUUCAAUGAUUGUCCAAGAUUUAAUAUACUUGACGAUGAACAAGAGUUGUGUUUCGAAAGCAUCUACUCUAAGUUUUAAACAUUAUUGUCAAAAGUAUAAAAAUACACUUAUCAUUUAA